CUUCCGACUUCCGGCAUUCGCUGCGGUUCACGACUCCCUGCGGAGCCCCGCGCUCGACACCCGCUGCUUGUUGUCAUGGAGACUCCAUCCGGUAUCCUAUGAUUCGGUGUCCGGUAAUUUGUUCCUGAACGUAUCCGGUGCUCAGGCCAGGGGGGAAGCCGAUGACAGCGCGCCCAGCCAUUCCUCUCCAAUGACAGCAGAUGUUUCACAAUGAGUGAAUUCCGAAUACAUCACGAUGUGAAUGAGCUAAUCAGCUUGCUCCGUGUCCAUGGAACUGAGGGAGCAGAGCUUUACAUUGACCUUCUGCAGAAGAAUCGCACCCCAUAUGUCACCACAAGUGUGUCUGCCCACAGUGCCAAGGUGAAAAUAGCUGAAUUUUCAAGAACGCCAGAAGAUUUCCUUAAGAAAUAUGAAGAGUUAAAGUCUAAGAAUGCCCGUAAUCUGGACCCGUUGGUGUACCUGCUUUCCAAGCUCACAGAAGACAAGGAGACACUUCAGUAUCUGCAACAGAAUGCUAAAGACAGAGCUGAGCUGACAACCAGCAGUGCAGCUUCUAGCACUGUUCCUAUCCCUCCCAGCACAUCCAAGAUCUCCAUCCAGGAGUUGGAGGAACUACGGAGGCAACUGGGGAAUGUAACUGCUUCAACCACAGCCGGCCCACAGCCGGUAGAAGUUCUGCGGAAGCAUCUUAGAGACAAGCUGAACAAGAAGAAUGUGGGGCAGCCAAUCCCUGUGUUCCCGUCUUGGGUUUACGAGAGGCCGGCACUGAUAGGAGACUUCCCUUCUCUCUCCAAUAUAAGUACAGAUGUCACGGUGCCAAUAGGAACACUUCCCCUCCCCACUCAAGAGGCAGUUAUCGUAGAAGACCUGCUUUACAUCCUGAUCGGAGUUGAUGGGCGAUAUAUUACUGCACAACCACUGGUGGGACGUCAGACACGCUCUUUUUUAGUAGAUCCAAACCUGGAUAUGUCUGUAAGGGAAUUGGUAAACAGAAUUCUGCCAGCAGCUUCCAGCUAUUCCACUGUUACCAGAUUCAUUGAAGAAAAAUCUUCUUUUGAAUACGGUCAGGUUAACCAUGCUCUAAGUGCUGCAAUGCGGACGCUAGUGAAGGAAUACAUGAUACUUAUUACUCAGCUGGAGCACUUGCAACGCCAGGGUCUGCUCUCCUUGCAAAAACUGUGGUUUUAUAUCCAGCCUACUCUCAGGACAAUGGAGGUACUGGCGUCUCUUGCCACUUCAUUGGAUAAAGGAGAGUGCCUAGGUGGUGCCACACUCAGUUUGCUGCAUGAUAGAACCUUUGGUUAUACGGGUGAUACCCAGGCCCAGGAGCUAUGUCUGUAUUUGACUAAGGCAGCCAGCACUCCAUACUUUGAAAUAUUAGAGAGUUGGAUUUAUAGAGGAAUCAUCAAUGACCCUUACAGUGAGUUUAUGGUAGAGGAGCACGAGCUGCAGAAAGAGAAAAUCCAGGAGGAUUAUAAUGACAAGUACUGGGAUCAGCGCUAUACUAUUGUACAACAACAGAUCCCGUCCUUCCUGCAGAAGGUGGCAGACAAGAUUCUUAGUACAGGAAAAUACCUAAAUGUGGUGAGAGAGUGUGGCCAUGAUGUCACGUGCCCAGAUGCCAAGGAGAUUGUGUACACGCUGAAAGAACGUGCCUAUGUGGAGCAGAUUGAAAAGGCCUAUAGCUAUGCUAGCAAAGUACUGCUGGACUUCUUAAUGGAAGAGAAGGAGCUGGUGGCACAUCUCCGGUCCAUUAAACAUUACUUCCUCAUGGACCAAGGAGACUUCUUUGUGCACUUCAUGGACCUGACCGAGGAGGAGUUAAGGAAAACUGUGGAAGAUAUAAUACCAACCAGGCUGGAGGCUCUAUUGGAGUUGGCUUUACGAAUGAGUACUGCCAACACGGACCCUUUCAAAGAUGACCUAAAGAUUGAGCUGAUGCCCCAUGACCUCAUCACCCAGCUUCUUCGUGUCCUUGCAAUUGAAACCCGGCAAGAGAAAGCCUUGAUUAAUGCUGAUCCCACUGAGCUGGCACUUAGUGGGCUGGAGGCCUUUUCCUUUGAUUACAUUGUCAAGUGGCCUCUUUCAUUAAUAAUAAACAGAAAGGCUCUGACACGUUACCAGAUGCUUUUUCGCCAUUUAUUCUACUGCAAACACGUGGAGAGACUGCUGUGCAAUGUUUGGAUCAGCAACAAGACAGCUAAGCAGUUUUCCCUGCAUUCUGCGAAAUGGUUUGCAGGGGCAUUUACGCUCCGCCAGAGGAUGUUAAAUUUUGUACAGAAUAUCCAAUAUUAUAUGAUGUUUGAAGUGAUGGAGCCAACUUGGCAUAUUCUUGAGAAAAACCUCAAAUCUGCCUCUAAUAUAGAUGAUGUCCUAAGCCACCACACAAGCUUCCUUGAUAACUGUCUGAAGGACUGCAUGCUUACCAACCCAGAACUACUCAAAAUCUUCUCAAAACUUAUGUCUGUGUGCGUCAUGUUUACGAACUGCAUGCAGAGGUUUACACAGAGCAUGCAGGUGCAAACAGAGAUGGAGCGUCUGACGCUGGAACGUGGAACCAUGAUGGGACCACCCACACAGAAUGAGAAAACGGAAGAAGCCGUGAAGAAGAAAUUAACGUCUAAGUUUCUGGCAGAGCAUGUUGAUGCUUUUCAUUCUUCAACUGGCUUUGAAUCCACCAUCAACAAUUUCGACAGCAACUUUUCCACACAUCUCAUGGGCCUCCUUGAUAAACUAAGCAUGUACAGUACCAAUGACUGCGAGCACAGCAUGAUCAACAUUAUAUACAGGUUGGAUUUCAAUGGUUUCUAUACAGAACGCUUGAAGAGACUGUCUGCAGAGAGAAGCCAAAAAACACCGUCACAGCAGGCAGGACCCAUCCGACCGUCUGCGGCUACACAGUGACCCAGCCUUUUCCAAAACCAUGAGCAGCCUUUGGAAGCUAUCCUGGAACUUCCUUCCCUCUACACACCCAUUACUCAUAGAUUUUCCUGUACAGUCACAAUAAUUUGGUAUUACUGAAAUGAAAUUAUCGUUUUCUAACUAA